AUCUAGCCUAACCCUGUACAAAAAGAAUAAAAUUUCGGCCGACUGAAGAAGAAAACCAUUUUCUGAAAAACUUAUCUCUCACCAUACUACUUUUCCCGUCACUUUAAUGGCAUGUGUUAGAAUAAAUUGUACUUUUUAGUACAUCAUCAAAAGCAAAAGCUGAGAAUUGACCAAACAAUCAUGGUACCUGAACUUUCUCACUCGCGAUCUAUCUUGCAUUCCACUCCUUCUGGUCGGAGUGUCCUCCAACCGAAACAAAGAAGACCUUGCAAGAUAUUUAACUUCAAUGCUUUUAGAAUGGCAACUAAUCAGACUGGAAACAAAUGUUGGAAAACUAAAACAGAAUCUCGAUCGUUUUCAUCAAUGUAUGAUUUGCACCAAAUAACCAAAAAAAGUGAUCUUGAAGUGCGCAAACUUCUUCUCAAUAAAAGAGCUCUUAAGAGUAUGGUCGAGGAGAAACAAAACGCCAGAAUCUUGAAACAACAUAAAGCCAUGUGGAGAAGACAUAGUUUAAAGCUCAGAUGCUUAGAACAAGAUUUGGUCAGCUUUAGAAGAACCUUACCUAUUCUCUUAGUGAACAAGAAUGAUUUAAGUGCAGACAUUGCCUCAGAACUAGAGAAGUACAUAGAAGCAAUCAAAUUCCAAGAAAUUAAGCAAGAAGAAUUUAUAGUUACCUUUGCUGAGAAGAAAUCCCUCCCCUCGGAAACAAAAAGUUUUAUUUUGGAAAGCCUGGAUAACCUUAGGUGUUCAGAACAUUUUUUGGAAUUAUCUUUGAGCAAAUCUGAACAACUUCAACAUCGCUAUCAAUUUGGGGCCAAUCUGGCUGAACCAAACGACUCUGGAUAUUCCACGUGUGAGCGAAGAGAAUCUGGAGGAGAGCGCAAAUCAUUAACAGAAACAAGCACAUACAACAAUGGGGAAAAAGAUUAUCCUCUGACGAAAUAUCGUUCUGGAACAGGCUCCAAAGUUGGUUCAUUUGUCGUAAAACCUGAACUUGAACGAUUGCUUUCAAAAAGCGGCGGAUCAAAGGAUUUCAAGAAACUUCAAGAGCGAUACCGUGUGUAUCUGAACCAUUUUUUGAAGAACUUAGACAUCAGACGUAUUAAAUGUAACCAAUGGGAAGAAUUCAAGCCUUCAGAGUCGGCCAUCGACUUAUACCGACACUUUCAAACUAUGUAUAAAAACAGCAUCAAUUUCGAGGAGCUCGCCAAUGACAUGUUUAUGAAAGUAUCUUCCAAGGAUCGUUUUUCACCGGUUGAUGUCAAGCUCUGGUUACGUGGGAUGGCCAAUUUGAAGCGUUUUGAAAAUGCGACCUACGAAGAUUGGUCUUUUCAAACUAAAGACAUCGAAGGCAAGAUGUUGGCCUUAUCUUUGCGUGAGACUAAAGACAGAGCGGUUCGAGAAGAUUUUCGAGAGAAAAGGUAUCAGCAAUCGAAGAUAUGCCAAUCUCUACAUGAACUUUUGCAUUACGCUAAGGUGAAAAAAGAAGAAAAAAAAGCAUACGAAAAACUGAAGUUAGAAGAGCGGGAGAAUUUGGUCCGAAAGGAGGCUGAACAAAAGCGGCGAAGGGAAAAGCGUCGACAAGUGGACUUAAAGAAGAGGUUGCGAGUUUUCAAGCAAGAACAAAUGGAAAUUCAGUGUCAAAGAUCCUUUACCUUGAAACGAGAUCUGGCUACCUUGGAAAAGCAGAGGAGGGAAACUGCCUUACUACAUUAUAUCAGGGUCAAUUUUAGACGAGUUGUAGCCCAAAAACGUCAAGCCGAGAAGGAAGAAUUGAAAAAAACUGAGGCUUCGAUUAUUUUGGCCAAGGAAGCAAGAUUGGAGUCUUUGAAGCGCAAAGCAAGGAAACACUUGCAAUUGAAUUACGCCCUACCCGAAGUUCACAACUUUUGCGAUGUAAGAACCAAGACAACUACGGCCUUUAGAGCAAAGGUGUUUUCUAGCUCCUCGGCAAAAUGUGAACAGAGAAACAAACUCAAUGGAUUUCAUGAUAAUACCAUUUUAGAAGAUCAAAGAGUUGUGGCAGAAAGCAUAUUAAGAGAGAACGGAUUCUUAACCAAUAACCGAGAAAUUGUGCAAGAGGUUUUCAAACGAAUCCAUGCUCCCAAAAAUCCAAGACCAGACACGUUCUCCCAAAUAUCAUUGUGUGAUGACUGAUGAGUAAUGCUGCAGAUAAAUGGCCAAAAACUACCGAAAAGUGCAUAUAAAAUGGCCCAAAAAGAUGCGAAAAGCACAAAAUGCACAUUUUCUUCAAAAUCAUUUGGUGUGUACUGUUUUCGUGGCUUCCAUAAACAAUAAACUUGUUGCAUGCUUUACGCGAAUGCUUGUUUGACCU